AUGCCUUCCGUACGCCUCAAAAAGGCUUACUCAACACUCCCUCUCUCAUCAGCAGAGGCGGACAAUAGCCCCGUAGAAUCCAGCGGUCGUUCGGGCCAUCUGCAAACGCCUAAAAAAAACUUUGCAUCACUAUUUCGCCCUGGCUCUACUGAUGGCCUCCACAUUGCUCCCGCUGGACCCUCGCACUCCCGGCCUGGGCAAGCUUCCCUGGAGCCCAGCAACGCAGAUCGUCAUAUCUCCAAUGCUUGGAUCAACAGCCGCGAUUCUGACCCAAAUUUGGAUCAGUAUACUCGUUCUAGUUGGUUUUCCAACAAUUUGGCACGUAGGAGGCGCCAGACUGUAUCCCAGCGUUCAAGAGCGCAAUCCACAUCUCAUGACGAACAACAGCAGCCCCUCCCGACAUCAGGGGGGAUUGACAUUGCUUGUCGUGUCGAAGCAUCUGCUGUUUCUCAACAUGUCCGAAGCAAUGCGGGACCAGAUAGGCCCACAGAUGAAGAAAUGUCUCAUGAACAUCAUCCGCCCAGUCCCCAUUUUCAAGACCAUGAUUAUGAAUCAUCUGACUACACGACGGAUGGAAGCGAAGUCGAUGAGGAGGAACACCAUCUAGAUGAGGUUGUAGAACAUCUGGAUGUUAUCGAUCCCCAAGUCGCCGUCAUAUCCCAUCUUUCGAACGCCGCGAAUUCCAUCAUUAUCCCACGCCUUCCAUUAUAUUCGCGGCGCCCAGUUGUCACCCUCCCCACCUUAACGCCCAGUGCUACCACGGACAGCUUGCCCAUAAAGGAAUCAGUCCAUGCAGAUGCUGAGGCAGAGAAAAGGCGGCUCUUCAAGAGACAUAGGAAGAACGAGGUCGAGCUGAAUGCUCACGUCGAGCACGUCCUCAAGCGACGCGCAAAAUUUCGAAGAGCACUCAAAGCUGCGGGGAUCGUCACUGGAAUUUACAGCUUCUUAUGCGCGUUUUGGGGCGCUGCUAUUGUCUUGUUCCUCGUUAAAUGGAUCAAUCUGCACAACACCCAACACCAGAAGUUCUGGAUUGAACUUAGCAGUCAAAUAGAGAACGCUUUGUUCACGCUGACAGGCAUUGGACUGCUGCCAUGGAGGGUCGUGGAUACGUAUCUUAUCCUGAAAAUUUGGCAUUACAAGCGAUUAGACGCGAAGCUGCGCCGACAACAAAGCCUGCCCCCUCUGGAGAACGAAGAUGACUUGCCUGAUCCUGAUUUGGAUCCCAAUUUUAGGCAUGUAUUAACCGAGAGCCAACAAAGAGAUCUGAGACGACAACAGAAGAGGUUUCAGAAAAGUCAAACAUGGUAUCGCCCACAUGCGACCGACACCCACCGCGCAUUCCCAAUAACCACAGCGCUUUGGAUUUGCCUUCUCGUGGAUGGCAAUUCGUUUUUCCAAUGUUUCCUCUGUGGAUGCAUGUGGGGUUUAAACAGGUACAACCGGCCAGCUUGGACCACUGGUUUAUUAAUCCCUGCAUCAUUCUUGUGUGCAAUCGCUGCAGGAAUCAUCAUUGCCAAAGGUGGCAGCAAAACGAAGAAAACUGCGGAAGUGCAUGCACGUCUACUUGAUGCGUUGCAAGAGGCACAGAAAAGACCUCUUGUAGUGGAACCGGCUGAUCUCAAAGAUGAUGAUAUCUCUCGCCCAUCGAAGGGACAGCCAACGACCUUAACGACAUUUGGGGGACACAUAUGA